UUUUUUGUAAAUUAUAUUCAUAGUAUAUCGUUCAUAAAAUGGCUAUUCCAAAUUUAAAUAGUGCAAAUAUUUUUCCAAAAAUAUUUCUAAUACUUUUUUCCAUCACAUGUCUUUUGCUGAUUUCAUUUAAUAUCAUAACUCCUAAUGUGGAAGUUCAGGUAGCGAUCGAACCGUCAUAUAAUGUUAGCGAAUUAUUGAAUUUAACAAACUUCGAUUAUGCACUCAACAACGAACGAUGUCGUAUGUAUGGAAAGGACUUGCUCGCUAUUAUUUUAGUCACAUCCACUGCGACAAAUACUGCACUUCGUACCGCUCAUCGUCAGGCUAUGCCGCAAUGCAAAUUGGCAAAGUUAGGAUUCCAGCGAGUAUUUUUGCUGGCCAAGAUUCCACCUACAGAAGGUUUCAUAAAACAGGCACAUUUGGAACAUGAACACAAACGCUUUGACGAUUUAGUGCAAGGAAAUUUUGUUGACAGCUACCGCAACUUAAGUUAUAAACAUAUCAUGGGUCUACGAUGGGCAGGCUAUGAAUGUGCAAAUGCUAAGUUCGUUAUUAAAAUGAAUGAUGAUAUUAUCUAUGAUGUGUAUCAUAUUCAUAAUUACUUAAACGAGUUAGUGAAGAAUCCUACAUACAAUUCAUCUAGUGAACUUUUAGCUGGUGCACUAUUUAGAGCUGGUAAACCAAGUCGUAAUAAGACAAGCAAAUGGUAUGUUCCAAUGGAAGAAUAUUCAGAAAGUGUUUAUCCUGACUAUAUAUCUGGUUGGUUUUACAUAACAAAUUUAUUGACAUCAAAAUACAUAGCGAAAGAAGCUCAGAAGACACCAUUCUUUUGGAUUGAUGAUAUCUUUGUUACCGGUAUUAUUCGCCAAAACCUACAAAUAAAUCUACUACCACUCAAGUCUUGGAUAGCUUUUGAAAAAGGAGCACUUGAGUGUUGCAUUGAAAUUGCGAAAACAUAUAGUUACUAUUGUGACUAUAAAGUGGGUCCAAUCGGCAGUGAACGGGGAUUUAUGUGUAAAUUCCAGCAUGCUAUGGAGAAAUGUCAUUUGCACCAAUGCAUACCGCGACCACCUAAGACUGCUCUAAACGUUUUGUGUGGAAAUAUAGCUGCUUACAGUAAGAUUGCUUGAUAUGUCCACUUCAUUUUUGUCUUUAAACAUUUUUGUAUCUAAUAAAUAUAUUUUUUGAACAUUUA